GGUUGGUUUCCCAAUUUGUGCGCCCGGGUCUCCUCCUUGAGCCUCCGGCAGCUCUCCCUCUCUCUCUCUCUCUCUCUCGCGCACACACUGCCGCUCCCGUCGCCUCUGUACCUCUGCCGAGAUAGUCUUCCUGAUUUGUGCUCGAUACUGCUGAUUUAGUAAGAUGGAGGAGUCAGAGAAGAGAAAGGAGAGAUUGAAAGUGAUGCGCAUGGAUGCUGCUCGAGCGCAAUCUUUGGAUAAUCCUGAAGCUCUUCCUGGACCCAGUUCCCUCGCUAAUCCCUUGAUCGAAAUGCCCGGGCCUCCUUCGGUGCAAGAGGAGUCGCGCGCUGCUCCGAGGUUUGAUUACUACACGGAUCCAAUGUCAGCUUUCUCUGCAAACAGGAGGAGGAAUAAUCCCGGGAGUCAGACUCAGCACAAUUAUAUGACUCCAAAUCAUUUCCCCCAUUCAACUGCCCAUUUACCAUCAUUUUCAGGGGCAAGGAACUUUGAAACAAGCCCAUCUCCUCAAGCCUAUCAGUGGCAGGCAAGCUAUUCACCCAACCACGAGAUGUACCAGCCACAUGCUCCGCAGCCCAAUUUUGCUCCAUAUCAGAGCCCGAGGGCGACCUCCUUACCUUCUCUGAUGCAUGAAGGAAAUCCUCCUCGAGGUUGGAACUCCCCUAGUUUUCAUCACCCAUACAAUAAUGCGCCAAAUAGUGGUUACUCACCGAACCCUAGCUUCCGGCAGUCGGGUACUACUUUUACUCCAAGGCACAGUAGCCCUCAUUGGCAUGGUAAUAGCCCCAGAGCCACAGGGCCCAGUUUUGGUAGAGGUAGGGGCCAAUCGUCUGGGUAUGGAAGUAGGGGUGGUGGAAGAGGGCUAGGGUUUCGGGGUAGUGGUUCUGGGUCGGGCAGGCCAAUGGGCCCGGAGCAGUUCUUCCAUGAGUCGAUGAUUGAAGACCCCUGGAAGGACAUGGUUGCUGUCGUGUGGACUCCAGUAGGUGCUCAUUCGACCGGUUCCUGGAUGCCCCAAUCGGUUCGUGACGUUCGUCAAAAGAAACCGAGAGUCACCGAGUUCCCAAACAAAGUCAGUGACGGACUGAACCUUGCAGAGUUUCUUGCUGCCACCUUUAAGGAAGCGUCCAACGAGGCAGAGACAUCACUAGAGACAUGAGGAUGAUGCCAUAUCUGUUUCGAUUCCUAAAACUGGUUAGGUUCUGACCAGUAGAAUUAGUCGGCUUGUAUGAAUAGUAUAAAUUUUCGGCUCAUGUAAUUUUUUCCUCCAACCAAAAGUGUAAUCCCAUCCGAUGGCCGCAAACCUCAGUGUAAUGUGUAAGCAAUUAGACGAGUUUUUACCGUGUUGAUCCGCCAUAGUUGUUAAGUUUACGUAUCCCAACUGUCCCGUAAAAGUCAAUUCAAAAAAAAAAAUUUACAGUUCUGCAAA